AUGGUCUCUCAUGAGGGAAGUGGCCAUGGUUGGCGGGAAGACGAGCCACGCCAGUCUCGUAUACCACAGUGUACGAGACCUCUGGAUGUACACAACCUUCGUGUAGUGUACAUCCAGAGGGACCUUACACCCCUUAGGCGAACACCAGGUUGUGUGUCGAACACCAUCAGCAGCCAGUCCCACGGCUCGUGUCCCCUGCCGACGGUGUACCAGUCCCACGGCUCGUGUCCCCUGCCGACGGUGUACCAGUCCCACGGCUCGUGUCCCCUGCCGACGGUGUACCAGUCCCACGGCCCGUGUCCCCUGCCGGCGGUGUACCAGUCCCACAGCCCGUGUCCCCUGCCGACGGUGUACCAGUCCCACGGCUCGUGUCCCCUGCCGACGGUGUACCAGUCCCACAGCCCGUGUCCCCUGCCGACGGUGUACCAGUCCCACGGCUCGUGUCCCCUGCCGACGGUGUACCAGUCCCACGGUUCGUGUCCCCUGCCGACGGUGUACCAGUCCCACGGUUCGUGUCCCCUGCCGACGGUGUACCAGUCCCACGGUUCGUGUCCCCUGCCGACGGUGUACCAGUCCCACGGCCCGUGUCCCCUGCCGACGGUGUACCAGUCCCACAACCCGUGUCCCCUGCCGACGGUGUACCAGUCCCACAGCCCGUGUCCCCUGCCGACGGUGUACCAGUCCCACGGCCCGUGUCCCCUGCCGACGGUGUACCAGUCCCACAGCCCGUGUCCCCUGCCGACGGUGUACCAGUCCCACGGCUCGUGUCCCCUGCCGACGGUGUACCAGUCCCACGGUUCGUGUUCCCUGCCGACGGUGUACCAGUCCCACGGCCCGUGUCCCCUACCGACGGUGUACCAGUCCCACGGCCCGUGUCCCCUGCCGACGGUGUACCAGUCCCACGGUUCGUGUUCCCUGCCGACGGUGUACCAGUCCCACGGCCCGUGUCCCCUGCCGACGGUGUACCAGUCCCACGGUUCGUGUCCCCUGCCGACGGUGUACCAGUCCCACGGCCCGUGUCCCCUGCCGACGGUGUACCAGUCCCACGGCCCGUGUUCCCUGCCGACGGUGUACCAGUCCCACGGUUCGUGUUCCCUGCCGACGGUGUACCAGUCCCACGGCCCGUGUCCCCUACCGACGGUGUACCAGUCCCACGGCCCGUGUCCCCUGCCGACGGUGUACCAGUCCCACGGUUCGUGUUCCCUGCCGACGGUGUACCAGUCCCACGGUUCGUGUCCCCUGCCGACGGUGUACCAGUCCCACGGCCCGUGUCCCCUGCCGACGGUGUACCAGUCCCACGGCUCGUGUCCCCUGCCGACGGUGUACCAGUCCCACGGUUCGUGUCACCUGCCGACAGUGUACCAGUCCCACGGCUCGUGUCCCCUGCCGACAGUGUAUCAGUCCCACGGCUCGUGUCCCCUGCCGACAGUGUACCAGUCCCACGGCCCGUGUCCCCUGCCGACGGUGUACCAGUCCCACGGCCCGUGUCCCCUGCCGACGGUGUACCAGUCCCACGGCCCGUGUCCCCUGCCGACGGUGCAGCAGGAGGCAGCCUCGCCCGAGUCCCGUGGGGCAUGCCUCGCCGCCCAUCCUCUAUAUAUAACUUUUAUAGCGUCAUUAUCAUAUUGGGGAGGGCGAGCUUGA